AUGGAUCUUCCAGUUGUGGUUGAUUCGAACGACGAUGAAAUAGUCUCCCACGAACUAGAGCAAAUGAGGAGUAUAUUGGAAGAGGCGAUUUUGGAAACGCGCAGCACCCUUCUCGAAAAUCGACCGCGACUUCCCCGCAUACCCCUAAGCAAGCGAAAUUGGGCUGUCGUGAGGGCUCUUAACCCAAUUCUGGUGACCUAUUUGGAAGCCAGCCGGGACAUUUGCGAGACAGACUCGAUUCUCUUUGGCGCCGCAGUGGCAGUUUGCCGUAUUAUUGGCGCCAAACUUCCCAUGGCUGGACGCGCUACUACACAAAGUAGCGCCAUCCCAGCCUGGAGAAAAAGAAUCGAGGACCGUAUUGCAAAGGCAAGGGCCCUUAUCGGUAGACUGACAAGCUUCAGGUCGGGUAAUAAUAGACCGAGGAUUAUGCGCACCGUUAGGAUGGCGUUUGCUGGGACAAAUAUCAGUUUGUCCCAGCCGGAUAUCACGCAGAAACUAACGGAGCGCAUAGACGACCUGAAGCAAAAGAUCGCUGCUUGGGGGAAGCGGAUUCGACGAUUUUCCGAGAGGUCAAGGCGGUUCAACCAGAAUCGUCUCUUCCAGAGUGAUCAGAAGAGGCUCAUUAUAAAUCAUUGGAGCAACCAAAGGUAUGUGGAGCGGGCCAAGGACCGGAUCAGGCUGACAUUAUCGCAUUCUGGCGUGGCCUGUGGUUAG